UCGGAUCCUCAGGCUUGUUCAAGUGAGUUGACUCGGACGAGCUCGGACUUCUCUGGCUCUGGUGUAACCAUUGAGAGCUUCAGAGAUCCUACUGCAAAUUCAAGACCGUUAGAAAAUCAAAUUCGGGAAAAAUAGGGAGAAGAGGAGAUCUCUUCAUUGAAGAAGAAGUUGCAGUGAAUAUGAUUUUUUACAUUUUUACUUUUCAGUGAUCAGGUAUGCAACUAAAAUUGUAGAUUGAGAACAAGGAUUAGGUGGAUGAUCUGGAAUAUUCCACAUUCUUGUUAUAUGAUAUUAAUCUUGAAGAUAUACUGAGGUUAAGAUGCAAGAUUUUUGGGAAACUAGCCUAUAUGUCAUUCUCUUAGCCCAAGGCUAAGCAUUUGGAUUCAAAAUGUGUAUUAAGACACCCUUAGUGGAAGAAGAGACUGUUCAGUUCAAUUGAGUGAUUAUUAAAUUUGUUUUACUUGAUUUAUCUCCUAUCAAAUCCCUCCCCCCUUGCUAUUUAUAUGAAUCAUUAUGUUGUUAUGGGGAUAUGCUGUUUUCCCUUUUGAGAAAGAUAAAGUAUGUACUUGUUGUUUAUGGCCAUUGGGAUCUAGUUCCCUCUAGAUUUACAGCAUGCUCUGGUUCCCUCUAUUUAAGUACAAAGCCUCCAUUUCCCUAAUUAAUUUAGUGUAGGAUGGAAUUCUGCUGGAGGUGAUCAGGUUCCCCAUUCAAUGCCUCAAAAAUGUCUUGUUCAUUCUUUGAUUGUUAUCAAUAUAUUUCUCAUGACCAGCUUUAAGUGUUUAGUCAUGUCCAACUUGCUUAUGUAGUUUUUAGUACUGCAAUCCCUGAUUCCUUUGGUUAGUAUAGCAAUUUCCUCUUGCACUAGCUAGUCUUCCAACCUAGGCUUAAGUUCAGCACCUUUACUAUCUGUUUGCCUAUAAUAAGAUCUAUCCGAGAAAUCCAAAAAGGUGGGGACGAUUUGGUAGAAUCUGGCAGAAUGAUCCUUUGGCUACUUGAAGUCACUGUGGAGUGGAUGGGUCAAACUAUGGUUUGGACAAAUGAGAAGCAUAACUUAUAUCUUGAUUUCUUAGAAGCAUCAUUUGUUAAGCAGUUGCAUUGUUCUACAAGUUUGUGUGGCCUUCACCCACAAGGGGAAAUGUGGGAACCAUAUCCAACCCCAGAACUGCCAGCCGAAGGACAAAAUUCUUCUCAUCAGUUUUCGGUUCUACUAGAUGGCGGCUGCCAGAAGAUAAACUAUAAGAGCAAUGACCCUUUGUUGGACAGCACUGCUGAUUCUUGUGAUAUCCUGGGAAGUCCAUGGUUAUAUCAUUUUACAAUUGCAGGGAAAAGCAGCUCAGAAACAUUUCCUGUUUCAAGAGAAACUGUGGUUCCCAAUGAUGAAAUCUGCUUGAGAAGUAAUACGAACCUCUCUUGCAAAUCAGCAAGAAGUUCAAAGCAGCAUCCCAUAUUUCAUUCCUGCAAUCACAGCUUAGGUAGCUGCACCAGUGAGGUCUCAGAUCAGAAUUUUGUGGAAGAAGGCCAAGGAGAAAAGACCAGCUGUGUGUCUGGGACAAAACGCUUGAAGAUGAUGGCAAUGCUUGAUUCUUCAAACAACAGUCAAGUUGUGCCACAUGGAAAAUUACCUACGGUAGAUGACUCAAUCAUGAGUAAUGCAUCUGCAAAAAGAGGGAAAAAGAAAUUGCUGUCGGAGCACCCUGAGAGCUUCUCCUGCCCAAAGUCUGACAUACAUUACUUUCUAAGGGAGAGUUAGAUGGCUACUUCGAACCAAAAUCACUGAUACAUGUUUGCCUCAAGAUAGGAGACAAAUUCAGCCGGUUUGCACCCAGUGCCUGUUCAAAGAAGAAUGCUGGGAGAGAAUGCAGUACCAAGAGUUGAUUUCUGGUGAUCGUUUUGCUAAUGGCUAUACUACUUGGUGGGCACGGCAUGGUGAUUGUGCAGUCAGAAGAUAUGGAAUAGAUUUAAGGCGGACUUUUUGUGUUCUUAUUCCUCUUUGUUUAUGAAUCUGCAAGCAUUUCAUUUUGCUUAUAACUAAAAUUGCAUGCUAGCUAACUUCUGUGGGGUAUCUGAACUGGUUGGCUAUCAGGGAUCUGUUUGUACUUCAGAUAGGCACAAUGAAUAGAUGUAGAAGAUGCGGAAUGCAAUUUACAUCUGAUAGGCGAUAGCAGGGGUGGUGUUUAGGAGUUAUCGGUGAUGUAAAUCCUGGGUUUCUAACCUGUAUUUUUCUCCACAUUUAUCAUAGUUCCAAUUAUUUUUGAGGUAAUACAUAUAAAUUCAGAAUCUUGAUGACAUGUUGUAAAUGUAAAGACAAUAUAAUCUUAAUUUUGCCUAAAAGCAAUUGAAAUUCCUAUGCCGGUUUGCUCCAAGUAUUUCUUAUCUUGAAUUUAGCUGGGGUCCAGCUCGAGGGUAAACCAUUUAAAGCUGGGGUCCUGGUGAUUAGUGAUCCUUAACGUCUUUUUUGUGCCCUUGAAGAUAAAGUUAAUAAGGGGAAUCUUUGAAGAAUGAUCCUUCUUAUCUCCUUUGGGUUUUUAAAAUAUUCGUAUAACAUGCAGUUUCCUAGUAUAUGGACAUUGGACAACAAUCAUAGAGAGACAAAUGUAAAAUGUUGAAUGAGAGAAAAGGAAAUAUGGGCCCAAAAGCAAGAAAGCCAAAGCCAGUGAAAGGUUGAAGUGCAAAUCAUUUGUGGUGUGGUUGGAUUCGUUAAAAGAGGGGAAGGAUUGUUUGACUUUAAGCCACAUUUUUUUUUCUAUUGAAACCAAAAAAGAAAGUUAGAUCUGAACUAGUGGCGGCGAUUGAAGCUAGUGACUCUUGGCUCAUUUUAAAGGUCAAAAUAAACUUUCCCUUCCCCCAUU